CGUAUCUGUCCCGGUGUGUCUGUCGCCACCCUGCUCGAACGUAUAAAAAUGCGCCGGACCUACCUUUGAGAGCCGGAUGCACGGUCACUCCGGACACUAUCCACCAUUGUCAGUGCCCGUCGUUCAUACCCCCUGCACUACCCAUGCUAGAUCAGACCAUCUGCAGUGUAUGUGGACAUGGUGUUCAUGCGCACCGCGACUGUUUCAAUGUUUGUCCAUCACUGCCCUGCGAUGAAUUGCGUUGCGUACUUUCCGAAGACGGCCCGGAUACAAGCAUGCACAUGUUCGGCGUCUCUCAUUGAGCAUAUACCUGUCGUGAAUGCGCAUCGUUCGUCUACACCUCUGCCCUAUGGAACGGGUGUAUCUAUCCAUGACAGUAACCUCCCUUCUAAUGUCAACACACUCAACGGCGACACGACGAACCACCCAUUCACUCCGAUACCUCCGUCCACUAACGCCAACCCAUCCUACCCUUACGGCAACGCACUGAUCUUCACACCUACCCCGCAACCUGUCAUUCAAAUGGACAUCACUCAGAUCGACGCUUAUUCCCACUCGGAAGCGGGAGGCUCUUACGGCGCUCAGUACCAGGAUAACCUCAGCGUUAACGUCCAGGGCUCGAGCGAGAGCGCGAGGUUUAUUUGACCAGGUCCUCCAACGCGGUGCCUGCCGCGGAAGCCCAGGCAGGUCAACUCGAAUAAGUAUGGGCAAGAAAGUUCUAUCGUCAUCUCCAGCUCCUUCGUCGAUUGGUAUAAAUAGUAACGCGUCAUAAAUCAUCUGUAAAACACAGCAAUGUAACAAUGUAUGUACAUCUUGGAUAUCGUCUCGUUUUCUCAUGCUUAGUGUACUUGUUUGUCGCGCUUAUCGCUUUGCUU